AUGCGGAUCGGCGAUGAAUCAUUUGUUCGCACCCGAGAGAUAAAGCCGCAAUCAAAGCUCGGUCCAAUCGGAUUCUGGCUCGAUGACUCUUCAUAUACUGCUGGAAGCAAGGAUCUUUGUGUCAACCGCCGGGAAGCAGUGAUCUUGUCAGCCCUGCUAAUUUUAGACCACUACACCUCACAGCCACGGCUCUUAGGGACGGGUUUCCCUGAGGCCGAAGGUCCACGCUACGGACCAACAAAUCUAUCUGACGAGUUUGUAACGCGAGUGAUUAAGCCGGAGGGGAAUGAGGUCAUGACAAAGACGCUCGUCGCUUUGGAGGGGGCUGUUCAGCAUGUACCAGCUCAGAUACUGCGAGAUCUCAUCUAUUCCUUCUUGGAUACGCUGAAAGCAUCGCCGAAUGCUCCCAAUUAUCCAAAGCUCUUGCAUUGUACGUUUGAGUUGAUCAAAUUACUAUUGCACAGCAGUCAGCCCCAGCUGAUGACAGGAGUGGCAUUGAGAGUAUGGAAGGAAUUCCCUCAUGAUUCUUCAAGCCAUCGCAAGAUGAACCUUGUGAAGAUUGGACGAAUCCUUACGCCAGACCAAGCCGGCGACCUAAUGCAGACUUUUGUUAUGGAUGUGUGUGAUACACUCCAAAGGCAGCGAGAACCGGGUGACAUCCCAGCAAAGCCGUUUGUCAAGAUCACCACAGCAAAGAUGCUCGUACAGGCUCUUGCCGAGGCAGAUUUUCUUGCACCAUCUACUCAACUACAUCUCCUCCGCAGCAUGUACGGUGCCAGCAGUCAUAUUGACGUCCGUGUGGAGAUAGUCAAAGCUUUUUUCAACCUGAUUCGCCCGAAUCAGAAUGAUGAUGUAUUCCAAGCCUUGUCCACUAUUGCCUUGUCGUCGGCGGUAGGACCUAGUGAGAGGCACAUUAUCACUGAGGAUAGCUGGCGGGCAGCGGAGGCUGGAGCCUCUCUGCCUCUAGUCUCGAGCUCCCGUCCGAUCCUAGAUUUGAUUAUCUCGGAUGCAGCCACAAACGUCCCGAAAGAAUUGCAUUCGGAUUAUGUUCAAAAAGUCGUGCUGCGUGUGGUGACAGAGUCUAUCCGGCAACACACCCGAUGGAUGACCGUCUUGCUCGCAAGGCUCGGUCUUUCACUCUCAGGUCUCGGUCUAACCGCCGCGGACAUCGGUCCUUUCCCUUCUGACCUAAUCAACAAUGUCCUCCGCAAAUGGGCACGCUACCUCCCGGCGACCUACUUGCAGUAUCAUCAUAGCUGGGGCCUAAUGUACUUGCACCGUGACUCUUUUAAUCGGAUCUCCGAAGCGCUCGCGUCGUCCACGGACCCAAUAAAAGAAGACGCCAAUGUGCGAGAUCAUUUGCAAGCCCUUCUCAGGUCCCAGCGUGAUCGAUGUCCUUUCGAUUAUACCUAUCGUUCUUGUUUCCUUAUGGAUAGCAAAGUUCCAAACGGCAUCACGGAUGAGAUCUUACUUGAUGACUUCAGAUCUCGUGUCGAACUGUUCUCGAAGUGUCCAGUCGCAUACAACCAUCAACUGGGGAGAUACAGCGUUCAUCCGAGUUAUACGUUGUGUAUUCUGCAGAGAUUGAGGAAGGCAAGAGGAGAUCUAGGUGUUCAUUUCCCCUCGCGUUAUAGCAAUGCCACCAAGCUCAUGAUGAGUAUCGUGGAGGCAGCCGAACUGGUCCGGAAAGAAGGAUGGUCGCCAGAAUUAAGCACUCAUCUAGUAGCCGUCCCAGCCACAUUUGAAUACGAGGUUCAGAUGCUUCCCUCGCCGUCGCGGAGCCCACUUCCAUCAAAUUCGGCGUUGGGAGAUUUUGUUUCGGGAAUCAUUGGAAUGAUAUCCAAAUACGCCGCAGACCCCGUGUUACUGAUCAAGGUGGAUUCCUUUGCGCCAAUUUUGAGAGAGGUCCGCCAGGAUCAACGCGAGGAUUGUGCUCUGCUGCUUGGGGAAGACUUCGAUGAUGGGGAUAAUCGAGAUAGGCUCGUCAAGGUCUGGGUCCGAGUGAAAUUGGCAGUGCUGCUGUUGGAGACUGCACAUAGAGCGGAGGUGCCACUGAAUGAGCGUACACUCGGUAUGAUUGAGAGGUGGAAGGGGAGCGACAUUGAGAUGGUCCGGCAGGCUGCAUGGGCCUGGGAUUGGAAGGGUAAGAUGUAA